AUGAAUUGGAGAGGCAAUUUGGAUACGCUUCCAACUAGAAGAAAUUUAAGAAGAAGGAAUGUGGAUAUAGCAUCGAUUAUGUGCCCUCUUUGCGACGAAUUUGAGGAAACGGCGGAUCAUUUGUUCACUGCUUGUUCGGUGGCUAUCCGGGUGUGGUCGACCUUCAGCGUUUGGUGUAACAACUCGCCGCUUUUCUUCUUUGAAUUCAAAGACAUUCUCGAAAUACACAAGGUCAUUAAGAGCGGCAAGAAGACGGAAAAGAUUAUGUAUGGGAUGGCUUUGAUUGCUUGCUGGUGCAUAUGGAAAGAAAGGAACGAUGUGAUUUUCAAUUAG